UCUUUAAAAAUUAAAGAAAGAAAGAAAAUAAUAUGCUUUGUAAUAAUAACAACAACAAUACCUAACUCUUACUGAGCGUGUCCCAUAUGCCAGGCCCUGCACUACAGCUUUAUUUUUCACCACAAUCCUGUAAGAUUGUCACUCUUACCCAUGUUUCAUAAGAGGAGUUCAAAGUCUAGGGUAUUCUCUGUGGAGUGCAGAGCUGAGUGGUGGGCCCUGAACAUCCACUUAAAGGACACACAAAUAACCAGGCAUCCGAGGAAAACACUAACAAUGGGGUGAGAGAACUGAAGACAAGAAUAAUGGGUUUCAAUGGAUUCUCCUAGAGCCCAUAUUUUCUAACUGCUUGAAGCUCAAGUUCAUGGCUUCAUCAAAAAACGCUUCAAAUCCUGAAGUUGAGAUAGCUCUCACCUGGAGCCCGUGUGUUGUUCUAUCCUUUGCCUGGGAACACAGUCACCUGGGAAUCAUUCCAGCAGGUGGCUUCCAAAGUCCAACCUGCUAGGUUGAAAUCUGACACUGACACAGACUCCGGGAGCUGCGGCGGAAAGCUCAACCAGGAACCCGGAAAUGCACAAGCCUCUUGAUGCAUAAAAACAGCUGGGCUCCCUUGGAGACAGCGCGCCAUGGGAAACCGGGUCUGCUGCGGAGGAAGCUGGAGCUGCCCAUCAACUUUCCAGAAGAAAAAGAAAACAGGAAGCCAAGCAAGACGGACACUGAAGCCACAGCCACGACAGCUGCAGCAGAAUGGCCCAAAGGGCCAUGAAACAACAGGACACACGUAUGAGCGGGUGUUACAGCAGCAAGGGUCUCAAGAGAGGAGUCCAGGCCUCAUGUGGGAAGACAGCAACUUACAUUAUGCUGACAUUCAAGUGUGCAGCCGUCCCCAUUCCUGGGAAGCGAAACAAGUGCAUUUAGAAGACGCUACAGAGUAUGCGACCCUUCGCUUCCCCCAGGCCACACCUCUCUAUGACAGCAAGAACGGGACCCUGGUGUGAGCCUUGGGGAGGAAGGCCCAGUCCAUCGUUAACCACUACUCCUGUGGGGGAGAAUCUACAGCUUUGGGGAAUUGGGUGGCAACCCAGGGAUGUUGGCCACGUUUUAAGCUUAAAGAACUCCAAAGCCCCAGGAAUUGUGAGCGUCCCAGUUUCUCCCCUGGCCUCUUACUUGCCACUGUUAGGUUGGAGUUAUAGUUGGUUUAGCUAUGAGUGGAUAGCUAAACUUAGGUAGCCACAUGAGGUUAGGUGGAGUGUGCAGGGAGGUAGGUCUUCGACCUCACCAUUGUUGCUCCUGCUCUUGAAAAGUGCAGAAAGAGCAGGUUAAAAGUUAGCCUAUAAGCACGUGGGCUGAUCUUGUCGGACUUUAAUUAAUGGUAUCCUUUUUCACACACCUUAAACUCCAAAGCUGAAGGGGAGGUGCUCUGGAAAAGCAUUCUGAGCUUUUACAUUCAGACACCAGGGCUGGCUUGGGCUGAGUCAGGCUCCAGACCUUAACAGACAAAUGGGGGAGGGGGCUGAGGCGUGGAGGAAGCGCUCUCCAACCAUGGGCCUACAGAACCUCAAGACACUGAUAACCGACAGCACAGCGAGGCCCGGAAACUUCCCUCGGAGGGACUGUUGGCUCUCGCAGGUGCGGGGCCGCUAGGAUCAAUAAAUGGCCUGAGAAACA